AAGCCAUAUUGUAAGUUUUAUUGUUUCCAUUUACAUAAAGUGUACCUGUUUGUAUAUUGCAAUGGCUCAAUUAUUAUUUUCAUUGCUUGUAAUUACAUCAGUAAUUCUCACCGCACAAUGCGAAGAUGUAGAAGAAGGAUGGAUAAAUGGAUACCAACAUAUUUUACCUUAUGCUGUUUCGAUUCAACAUAGUCCGGAUGGAUCCAAAUACGAUCAUGUUUGUACGGGAAGUAUUAUUAAAAAAAAUUAUAUUUUAACAUCAGCUAGUUGUUUUGAUAAAUUAAGCGAUGAUGGUAAAUUAGCUGUAAAUGUUGGAGUUAAAGAACAUCACGAUGAAAAAGGACAAUUUGUCAAUGUUCAAAAAUUGGUACUACAUCCUUCAUAUAACAAAGAAGACCCACUUAAGAAAUUCGAUAUUGCUGUAUUAGAACUUGCAGAUUCAAUCAAAUUUAAACGUGAAGCACGAAACAUUAAUCUUCCUUCUAAAGAUUUAGUAGCAGAAGGAAAAGGAGAAUUGGUCGGUUGGAAUGGAUUAACAUCAAAAACUCAAAAAACUGUUACCGAUAAAGUUUACAUUGCAUCUGUAUCUGUUUUGCCUUCUGAUGAUUGCAAAAAAUCCUACCCAGAUUUAACUGAUGACCAAUUUUGUGUUGGAGGAGUAAAUACACCAGACGCUCCAUGCAAAGGAACUCCUGGAAUACCAUUUGGCCAACCUAUCCGUGGAUUUACUAUAACUGGACUUGCAUCAAGUUGGCCAGAAACCUGUGAUGGUCCUGCAUUAUUUACAAAGGUCACUCCAUUCUUAGAUUUUAUACAAGAAGCUAUAACCAACUAAACCAAAGACGAGAUCAUCAUAAUAAUUUUUUGAAAAGAAGUGUUUUAUGAAUUUUGUUGUUGUA